AUGCCUUUCUACUACAAGUCCCACGGCAAGGAGGCCCCGAAUAAGUUCGUGGCCUUUGUCCGUCGCAUCUACAACCCCCUAGGGUUCAAGAAAGGCUAUGCCUUUCCUCUCUGGUUCAUCCUAGGAGGCGGCAGCCUGGGCUUCUGCGCCUCCAGGGCCAUGUACCUCAACCUCGACAACACCUACAAGAACGAGAAAUGGGUGACCGGCGACUGGGAGUGGCAGAGAGCAGGCCGGCACCGUGUCGCGAUCCUCAUGCACCUCAUCUGCGUCAUCCCUAUCGGCUUCCUCCUCCUCUGGCAGUUCCUCCCCAUCGUCCGCCACAAGUUCAUGCUCUUCCACCGCCUUAACGGCUACCUCCUCCUGACCCUCCUCCUCGGCAGCAACGCGAGCGCCAUCCUCAUGGCAGACAGGGCCCUGGGCGGCAGCCUCGACACCCGCAUGGCCAUCGGCUUCCUCGCCGUCCUCUCUGUCUCCUGCGCCGUGCUGGCCUACGUCAGCAUUAAGCGGCUCCAGAUCGACCAGCACAGGGCGUGGAUGCUCCGCUGCUGGGUCAUCUCCUUCGUCAUCGUCACCCAGCGCCUCAUCCAGCUGGCCGCCCUGCCCAUCGUCUCCGGCCUCACGGACAUGUACGUCCCCAUGACCUGCCGCUCCGUCGACACCAUCGACAGCCUCGUCCAACCCGGGCUCGCGCCCCUGUUCUACCCGUCCUGCGCCAACAACUCGGACGGCUGGGUCGCCGUGCGCGCAGACAGCAACGCCCAGCCUACGCCGCAGGGAAUCCCGAAGCUGCAUGAGAUCGGCGCCGCGGUGCAGGCCACGUUCGCCUUCUCCCUCCUCCUCGCCAUGUUCAUCCACAUCGUCGGGGUGGAGGUAUACCUGCACCUGACGCCGGCCGAGGCCAGCAGGCUGAAGCGGGUGAGCUACGAGAGGCAGCUGAAGAGGGGCUGGAAGAUGCCCGGCGAUGCGAGCUGGCUGACCGCGCAGGCGCUGGGGGACGCCGAGGAGUUCGACUAUAAGCUCGGCCGCGAACUGGAGGCUCCGGGGAAGGAUAGUCACAGCGAGGGGGAGUUGUCUGUUCGGAACGCUGGAGGAGUUGUCGCGCCUGAACCUUAG